AUGGAUAUGAGGGGGAAUGGCGCUGGAACUGGGCCCCUGACCUCAUCAACACAUCUACUGCUGCCUCGACGCACACCCCUCGAGCGCCGUCUGGAUUUUCUCACAGAUGAUGUUGUCUGUACGCUCGCUGAUGAUCAAGCACUGCUGGCAGAGGGUUUAAUCAUGGCAUACAGAAGUAUGGCAUCCGCAGGUGCGUUUGAGGUGAGGGAAGAUCAAGUGCCAGGUGUGGGCGCGGCCAUGGCAGCACCCUCCAUUAUGGUGUAUGCAUCGCAACUAAACGACUCGGCAAAUAACCAUCACAGCAGCAGAAGUGGUGACAUUAGAUACUGCAAUACAUGUGAUAUGUCAGAAGCUUUGCAGCUGUUACGUGAGGUUGAUAAGGCCAUUGCGUGGUGUGAAGGGAAGAUAGCGGUAACGGCGCAGUUGUUCCCGCCUAUAACAGGAAACCACUUCCAUCAAAGAGGAACCUCCCCUAACAACGACGACGGUGGCACACAAAGAGUAAGAGGAGUCUCACCUCAGACAGAGUCGGCCUCCUCCUGCUGGCUGGAGCCGCAGGAAGUACCGCACGGCGGUGUACGGUCAAAGUACUACGAAGGCUCUGAUGGCAACAUUUAUAGUGGCAGUCGCAGUCGCGUAUGGGUGUCCGACACAUUGCCCUCGACAUCGACAUGUGUAGCGGGGUCUGGCGGCGGGUUGAGGUGCAACUUGGACUUCGACCGCUGGACAGCCCGGCAGAUAUCGUGCCAGGCGCACCGUGACGGUUGGCGUCUCUUGUUACUCCGCUGCGUUGCAGAAGAGUGCGUGCGACGGCAUACCAUGAUUGUAGAGGAACGGCUGGGGCGCAUCACACUGUUGGUAGCCGCGCGCGAGGAAGUGACGGCAAGAGUGGAGCUGCAAGGACGGAGAGGGGCGUUGGAUCGCCAGACCGAGUUCCCCGCGUGUACUGUUGGGCCCGUGGAGAAGAGAAUGACGCUUCUUGAAGAGGGACGCCAAGGACACUCGCUGGGUGCAGAUCACAAAACGAAAGAGACGCAGACGCUUGUGAGUGGUUCCUGCACGACGGACACGAGGUGGUCCGAGUUUAUGCAUGCGCUCCUGUGUGAAUCAGAGGGGUCGCAGCGAGUGGGCAUCGUGCAGGAGGCCCAGCUCUCACGCCAGCUGCUCCUCGCGCAGUGGCAAUCGGUGGUGAACCACAUGGGCAGCAGGAGACUCCUUGCCGCAAAGGAGGGCCGCAUACGGGAGCUGGCGGCCAACCACAAUGGGUUCCCUGUGCCAGACGGUGCCAGUUCGCAACCGGUGUAUUUCCCGCCUGUUUGUGAGCCGGCGAAGCCCCAUUCAGACAGCAACAGUAACAGCACACCGUGUCGUGGUGCUGUCAGCUGCGAUGUGAUGACUUCAUCUGUUACCCGCGUUCCAGAGGUGGCUUGUGCUGCUGCUUCUGUUGCUGUUCUUGGACGGUGUUCCGGGGAUGAUGCCACCCUGUCGCUCCCGUCGUCCAUCCAGACAACAGCCCCGCAGUCACGCAUGCGGAGAACUAGGGGCGGUGGUGCCAGUGAUAUCCCCCUCCACAUUUGCACAAGUGUGGAGGGAGUGGAACGCAAGCAGCUGGCGCUGACAGAGCAGCGUGCAUGGCAAGAACUAACGUCAAGGCUAGAGGCGGAGUGGAAGCGAUAUGAGAGGCAGUGUAGUCGAUCACUGUCGCGCUAG